AUGGACACGAUUGAGAGUCUAUACCGAUACAGAUUACACAAAUGGAUUGAACGCUUUGUUGCACAUGAUUGGACACAACAGCGAGUGUGUCAAAAAUGGAAAGAUAAUCACAAACGCUUGACAGAGCACGGCAAAGACGAGGAACAUGCGUUAAAAAUGCCGCCUAAAACGGUCAAAAUGACCUUUUCCAUGUUUGCUACAACGGCAGAGACGAUGAUAUACUCGCGUCAGUUGGAUAAUUUGUUAAAGUCAGGUGUGCCACCUCAAUUGCGUGGUCAGGUCUGGUGGAUGUGCAGCGGCGCAGCGGAGCUACGUCACCAAGCGACCGAAUCGUAUCCGGCACUACUGCAUCGUCUACAUACAUUAAGUAAGUGUGCAGAAAUGGAAAUUGAGAAGGACUUGCCUCGGACCUUUCCACUUGCUUUGCGUAAUUCGAUGCGGCAGUCACAAGAGCUAGCAGAAGGCGACAACUUUGGUGAACUUCGACGUGUAUUGCAGGCCUAUUCGCUGCGUAACCCGGCGGUAGGGUAUUGUCAAAGCAUGAACUUUCUAGCUGCUGUGCUUCUCCAAAAUAUGGGAGAGGAGGAAGCUUUUUGGGUGCUAGCAGCUAUUGUGGAGGAACUGACACCUCAGUAUCACACACAAACGAUGACCGGUAGCCGCGCAGACCAGCGCGUUUUCUCGGAUCUCGUGACUCAGAAGCUGCCUGUACUAGCGAGUCACUUGCAGGCACUGGGCGUGGACUAUGAGCCAUUCACACUCAAAUGGUUCCUGUGUCUUUUCCUCAACACACUUCCGUUUGAACCUGUAAUGCGAAUCUGGGAUGUGUUCUUUUGUGAAGGCAGUCAUGUGCUGCUGCGAGUGGGACUUGUGCUUCUUAAACUCAAUCAACCGCGUAUUCUGGCAUGUGAUGACGCCCUUGACGUGUAUGAGAUGUUCAAGGUCUCGCACGAAACGCUGCAGGAACUGACAGCACCCUACCGUACAGGACUGCUCAACCGUGACGAGUGCGUUUGUGAUACGUUGAUUCGGCUUACUAUGGAUAGGUCCUUUUUGGGUACUAUUUCAUUUGAUUAUUUGCAUGAGUUGCGCCAAUACUACUGUCAUGAGAUCGAUGCGGAAUUGGAGGAAGCCGAAGCAGAACGACUUGAACGCCAAAGCUGUGCCGAGACACAGGCACUAGCUGAAGCAAACCGACGGCAAGCAAGAGAAGGCAAGAACAGAGGGAGUGAUGCAGCUGAGGUCUCGACAAGCUGUAGCUCUCCCGGUGAAGAAAGCGCGCUGAUGAUGGAGUACGAUUUUGUGGACGACUAUGUUUGCAGCUCCAGCUCAGAAUCGUCUUCAUCGCGACACAUUCGUUUUCUGGAUCUGUACGACAGUGACGACUCGACGGCGGACUACUUUGUGGACGUUAUGUACGACUUUUCCCCGCAACACCACUUCCGUUGA